AUGUCUUCCAUCGUCAACAAGGUUAAGGAGGCUCUCCACUCCGACAAGAAGCACGAGGAGCCCGAGGGCACUCACGGAACCCACAACUCCCGCGCUGCCAACGCCGCCGACCCCAGAAUCGACUCUGACCGUGACCACCGCGCCAACCCCGCCGGCACCACCGGCACACACACCGGUACUACUGGCACUCACACCGGUACCACCGGCGGCAACUACACCCACUCUAGCAACACCACCACCGGCUACGAUGACCCCUCUGGCACUCACGGCCCCCACGGCAGCAAGGUCGCCAACAAGGCCGACCCCCGUGUCGACUCUGACCGCGACCACCGUGGUGCCCCCGGCACUACUGGCACUCACACCGGUACUUCUGGUCUGACCGGUACCCACGGCACUUCCGGCCUUACUGGCACUCACGGUACCACCACCGGCACCUCCGGUCUCACCGGCACUCACGGUACCACUGGUACCCACGGCACCACUGGCCUGACCGGCUCUAACGUUACUACCGGCUACGAGGACCCCUCCGGUACUCACGGCCCUCACGGCAACCGUGCCGCCAACAAGGCUGACCCUCGCGUCGACUCUGACCGUGACCACCGCGGUGCCCCCGGCUCCGGCCUGACCGGCACCACCGGCACUCACACUGGCACUUCUGGCCUGACUGGUACCCACGGUACCACCGGCACUUCUGGUUUGACCGGUUCUCACGGCACCACUGGUACCCACGGCACCUCCGGUCUUACCGGCACCCACGGUACCACUGGUACUCACGGCACCUCUGGCCUGACUGGCUCCAACGCCACCACCGGCUACGAGGACCCCUCUGGUACUCACGGCCCCCACGGCAACCGUGCCGCCAACAAGGCUGACCCUCGCGUCGACUCUGACCGCGACCACCGCGGUGCCCCCGGCUCCGGUCUGACCGGCACUCACGGCACCACUGGUGCUCACACCGGCGCCGCCGGUGCCGGAGGUGCUCUCGGUGGCUCCCACGGAGUCAACCCCGGCCCUGCCCCCAACACUGCCGGCCCCCACAAGUCCGACGCCUUGAACAAGGCCGACCCCCGCGUCGACUCUGACCUCGACGGAAGCAAGACCGUCGGCGGUGACAAGACCUACGCCCAGUCAAACACUACGGGUGUUGCAAAGGACCCUACCGACGCCGCUCAGGUCCCCCCAUCUGUCCUGGCUAAGCACAUUGGCGAGCCCGAGAUCGCGCACGACGACCACGGUCACAACCGCGCGAGACGCAACAGCAAGGUGUCUGCUCAGGAGCUGCACCGCGGAUUGUAA